AGGGCAUCGUCCUCCCUGGAUUCUAAUGCCCGAUUCCACACAACGGUAUCUGCUCUACGGCUCAACAUUACAGUCAGGAAACACACCGAAAGACAGCCCUGCCAGAAGUCGUUCAAGAUGGAGCAUUAUACCGGGAAUUACUAUUAUAAACCCUUGAGAGAAGGCAGGCGAGCCUUGUACAAGACGGACGGAACAUUCCCUCCGCCAGAUGUACCGGCCGAUACUCUGUGCGUCAUCGCUUCAACCACUAAUUACCGCAUGGAGACGACCGGCGAUCUUCGAAUCCUUGAACUUCUCCCCGGGUCUUUCGACGAUCCUUUACAUUGCCGAUUACGUGUUGCAGCAAUUGAAACCGACCCAGUAUACGAUGCACUUUCGUACAUGUGGGGAGAUCCAUCACCUACGGGGAAGAUAAUUCUCGAUGGUGAAGCCUUCCCUGUGACUGGAUCACUCGAGAAUGCUCUAAGGCAUGUGCGACUGCGGGACAGUGUACGCUGUCUUUGGGCAGACGCCGUAUGUAUCAACCAAGGCGAUGUUAAAGAACGGGGUAAUCAGGUUCAUUUGAUGAAGGAUAUUUACUCCCGAUCCAAAACUGUGAGAGUCUGGAUCGACGUGGAUCUUCCUCCUGAAAACGCCAGUAUUCGAAAGCUCUUCACUCUACAACUGCAAGGAGCCGUCGAUCAGCUGGGCGAUGAUCCCGAAUUCUGGAAGCCACUUCUCCCACUUCUUCUAAAUCCGUAUUGGGACAGACUCUGGAUACAACAGGAACUUGUCUUCGCACCAGAAUUGGUAUUCCACUGCCGGGGGGUGGCCAUCCCCGGGGACUGCUUGAUGGCACUCCAGCUUCAGAUUUUCCGGAAGUCAACUCGUGGCGGGAGACUAUUCGAUGCCGAUGACGCGUGGCGCCAAUUUGGACGGCUAGUAUCAGUUACCAAGGCUCCUUCACGGAAUUUAGCUUGUUGGCGGGAGAUGAUGAAGAGCAAGGUGCCAGUCGACCCACACACUCUCCAACCGGAUUUUUCGCUCCUCAGACCAAGGGCGAGGUGGCAGCUUGAUCCUAGAAAAUGGGGUCCGUGGCUGAGCACAAGCCCAAUCUAUUUGCUGGGAAUGUUGCGGCACUCACAGGCCUUAAAUGCAACGGAUCCAAGGGACCGGGUGAAUGCCACUCUAAACCUAGUCAUCGACUAUGAUGACGACGGUUAUCAAGUGAGCUACGAAGAAAGCCUUGCCGAACGCUACCUAAGCGUUGCUCGACUACUGCCGUUUGUAUGUAACAGCCUCCAGUUUCUGGCCAUGGCCAAAAUCAAUACCAUUCCCGAUCCUACUGUCCAGGGCUUGCCCUCCUGGGCUCCAAAUUGGAAUCCGCCGGGAAACGCGGAAUAUUUCUUAGGCCCUUUUCACGCGGCAGGCGACUUGCCUAUGUACAGUACGCCGUUCUUAGAAGAUUUGGUGGACGGUAUCUUACACGCGAGGGGAUUUCGGUAUGCUAAAAUCGAUCGAACGCUCUCAACUACCGACAACGCCUUCUCCCCGCUCUCGGUUUUGUCAAACUUAUUCAUUUCCACCAUAAAGUCCACCAGCUGUCACUAUAGCGAUAUCAGAAAGCUUGCAUCCACUCUCACCGGCCCAUCCAUUGCUGAGCUCCGCAUAGGCCGUGGUUAUUUUAGCAAAAAUGAGGCGGUUCUCUACACAGGCAUCCUGCUUGGUUAUUCUUUCGUCACUCCUGGACUUCGCAUUGUCGAUUUGCUUCCUUACACAACGAAUGUCUAUGACCAAUCCCAGAGGGAAUUAACCGUUGCACUUCGGGCUUUGCGGAAAUUUAAUGAUCGUCGCCCUUCAUGUCUUCGCUGGCUCAACCUUGAAAGAGUAUCCGCUGCCAUUCAAGAGAGACACGACCAAACCGAGCGCUUCGGACAUUUCGUCCAACUGGUGCACAAAACUUUAUCCUCCGGAUGUCCGGCGUCUAUAUCUCCUACCACCACUCUAGCCAUCACGGAAGGAAGAGCCUCGGUGAAAUCUGGAGACGAGAUAUGGAUCCUGUUUGGCUGUUCAACACCCAUGGUCCUUCGACGUACUGUUUCACACUUCCUUGUUGUCUCACCGGCCUAUAUCCCUGAUAUCAUGAAUGGAGAGGCGAUGGAGGGGGUAGCUACUCCCGAUGACCGGGUUGGCGACUGGUCUAGAGUGUUGAAAGAAGGGUGUUUGGGUCCCGCUCCUGUAGUCUCAUAUCAGUCAGGAAGAAGCAACUGGUUGGUGGAAGUAAUUCGCCUACGAUAGCUGCCUGUUAGCCAAGAUAUUGCGGUGGGUAGUGAUAAAACUGGUGAUUGGCAAGACAAGCCCAAUUUGAGAAAGAAGUUUAUAGGAGUGCACCGCAUAGGAACCACCCUUCAAGCUUCGUUUCUCAAGGCUCUUUUGUUCAAGUCGUUUGCGAUUUGCGUUACCUGCAAUUGGAGACUGUAAUGGUUGUAAUUCACUGUCGG